AUGGAUGUCGGCGCCGGCGAUCAGGGUAUCAUGUUCGGCUAUGCCAGCGAUGAGACCUCGGACUGCAUGCCCUUGACCCAUUCCAUGGCUACGCGCCUGGGCAAGACGCUGACAGAGGUCCGCAAGAGUGGAGAGUGCUGGUGGCUCCGCCCGGACGGCAAGACCCAGGUGACCAUCGAGUACCUGCAGCAUCCGGAUGGCUCCGUUGAGCCCAAGAAGAUCCACACCGUGGUCAUCUCGACUCAGCAUGCGGAGCCCUCCAAGGCCAAGCGCACACAGGAGUGCGCUGGGUACAAGGGUGCCGAGAUGACCGCGCCAACGAUGGACGAGAUGAACAAGGAGAUCGAGGAGAAGGUCAUCAAGCGCACCCUUCAGUCCAUCAAGCUGAAGAACGGCCAGCAGGCCAUUAGCCUCUACGGCGCCCACACGCACCUGCACAUCAACCCUUCGGGCAAGUUCAUCAUCGGUGGCCCCCAGGGCGAUGCGGGACUGACCGGCCGCAAGAUCAUCAUCGACACCUAUGGAGGCUGGGGAGCCCAUGGUGGUGGCGCUUUCUCCGGCAAGGAUCCCACCAAGGUGGAUCGCUCUGCGGCCUACAUUUGCCGACAGAUGGCCAAGUCCGUGGUCAACAGCGGGCUGAGCGCUCGCUGCCUUGUUCAGCUGUCCUACGCCAUCGGUGUGGCCAAGCCUCUGUCGCUCUUCGUGGAGACCUACGGCAGCGAGAAGGGCGCACUUUCCGUCGACGACAUCACGAAUCUGCUCAAGGUGCGGCUGGAUAACAUUGAUAUCAUGAAG